AAGUGCCCUGAGCAUGCGUGCCGGGCGCCAUCUUCGCCGGCGUUUCUGCCCCUGCUGCCGAGGAACACGUUAGCAGUUGGCGUGGGUUGACGGGGCUCCGCCUGGGAACCGUCCUUGCGGGGAGCCGGACGCGGGCUGUCACUGUCACUGCGCCAGGCCCGGCCCGGUCAGGCCAGUCCUUGAAUCGCACGUGGCACGAUACAAGGCCAUUUUUUUGCCACAAAAUAAGCUCACAAAUACAGAAUGGCAGAUAAACUCACCAGAAUUGCUAUUGUCAGCCAUGAUAAAUGCAAGCCCAAGAAAUGUCGUCAGGAGUGCAAGAAGAGUUGUCCAGUUGUUCGAAUGGGAAAACUUUGUAUUGAAGUUACUGCCCAGAGUAAGAUAGCAUGGAUUUCAGAAACUCUGUGCAUUGGUUGUGGUAUUUGCAUUAAGAAAUGUCCUUUUGGAGCUUUAUCAAUUGUUAAUCUGCCAAGCAACUUAGCUAAAGAGACAACACAUAGAUACUGUGCGAACUCCUUCAAGCUUCACAGGUUGCCCAUUCCUCGUCCUGGUGAAGUUUUAGGCUUGGUGGGAACUAAUGGUAUUGGAAAAUCUACAGCUCUGAAGAUUCUAGCAGGAAAGCAGAAGCCUAACCUGGGGAAAUAUGAUGAUCCUCCUGACUGGCAGGAAAUUUUGACUUAUUUCCGAGGAUCUGAACUACAGAACUAUUUUACGAAGAUCCUAGAGGAUGAUCUAAAGGCUAUCAUCAAGCCCCAGUAUGUGGACCAGAUCCCAAAGGCAGUAAAGGGCACUGUGGGUUCCAUUUUGGACAGAAAAGAUGAGACCAAAACGCAGGAGAUAAUUUGUGAACAUCUGGAUCUGACUCACUUGAAAGAAAGGAAUGUUGAAGAUCUCUCUGGAGGAGAGCUGCAAAGAUUUGCAUGUGCAGUGGUAUGCAUUCAGAAAGCAGACAUUUUCAUGUUUGACGAGCCCUCCAGUUACCUAGACGUUAAACAGCGUUUGAAAGCUGCCAUUACUAUUCGUUCCCUUAUAAAUCCAGAUAGAUAUAUCAUCGUUGUGGAACAUGAUUUGAGUGUACUAGACUACCUUUCUGACUUCAUUUGCUGUUUAUAUGGUGUGCCGAGUGCAUACGGCGUUGUUACUAUGCCUUUCAGUGUUCGAGAAGGUAUUAACAUAUUCUUGGAUGGGUAUGUGCCAACUGAAAACCUGAGAUUCCGUGAUGCUUCACUGAUUUUCAAAGUGGCUGAAACAGCAAAUGAGGAAGAGGUGAAGAAAAUGUGCCGAUACCAUUAUCCAAGAAUGAGAAAAAAGAUGGGUGAAUUUGAAUUGGAAAUUGGCACUGGCGAGUUCACAGACUCUGAAAUCAUGGUAAUGCUGGGAGAAAAUGGUACAGGGAAGACGACGUUCAUCCGAAUGUUGGCUGGAAGAUUGAAGCCUGACGAAGGGGGUGCAGUGCCCGUUCUAAAUGUCAGCUACAAGCCACAGAAGAUCAGCCCUAAGUCUCAAGGAACUGUUCGUCAACUGCUUCAUGAAAAGAUCAGAGAUGCCUACACUCAUCCACAGUUUGUCACUGAUGUAAUGAAACCACUGCAAAUUGAAAGCAUCAUUGAUCAAGAGGUUCAGAAUCUGUCUGGAGGUGAAUUGCAACGUGUGGCACUGGCUCUUUGCUUGGGUAAGCCAGCUGACGUCUACCUGAUUGAUGAGCCAUCAGCAUACCUGGAUUCUGAACAGCGUCUCAUGGCUGGAAGAGUAAUAAAACGCUUCAUUCUCCAUGCCAAGAAGACUGCCUUUGUUGUGGAACAUGACUUUAUAAUGGCCACCUAUUUGGCUGACCGUGUGAUAGUGUUUGAUGGAGUACCAUCUAAAAGUACAACAGCUAAUCCCCCACAGACUCUGCUUGCUGGAAUGAAUAAGUUCUUGUCACAGCUGGAAAUCACAUUCCGAAGAGACCCAAACAAUUAUAGACCAAGGAUUAAUAAAAUGAACUCUAUCAAGGAUGUGGAGCAGAAGAAGAGUGGAAAUUAUUUUUUCUUGGAUGACUGAACUUUCACUUUUGAGAACCAACAUGUGGUGAAUCCAUUUGUCCUAUUCAAUACAAGAAACGUUUGGAAUGAAAACUGACGGUCUGCAUCUUUUUACUGUUCAAUCAACAUCUACAGAGCAGUUCUUUCUAAUUUUUAAAUUGUUCAUUUUCCCCCUUGAAAUAUUUGUAGCUAAUUGAUAAUAUAAUUGUGAUUUUAUUACAUCUACAUAUAUUUAUUCAUGGCUAUGAUGUGAAACACCAGUUUGAGGUGUACAAGGGGGAAAGAAGAGUCCAGAAGAAACAGUAAAACAACCAUGUGCUAUAAAAGGUGACCAGAGGGGUUGUCGUGUAUUUGAAACAUCAAUUCUGCUUUUAUUUUUACAUCAGCUUCUUUUGGCAAUAAUUGAAUUUUGAGGAAUAAAUUUAUUUCAAAGUAUCCUAUUAACGAUAUUAAAUCCUACAAAUACGAAG